AUGCACAUUCCCAAGCUUGCCCUUGUUUCUACCCUUCUCACCCAAGCUGCAGCCGAGUACCUCGACUGGCGCACCCACACCGUCCAUGGCGUCAACCUCGGCGGCUGGUUAUGUCAAGAAUCCACCAUCGACACCACCUGGUGGGCCGCCAACUCCCUCGGGGCCCCAGACGAAUGGGGACUCUGCGCGAACCAAGGCUCAAAAUGCGGUUCCAUUCUCGAACGACGAUACGCGACAUUCAUCACGCCCAAGGACAUCGACACUCUUCAUAGUGCGGGAAUCAACACCCUCCGUAUCCCCACGACCUACGCCGCCUGGCUCAAGGUCCCCGGAUCGCAGCUCUACACGGGCAACCAGCUUUCGUUCCUUCGCGAUAUCUCGACCUACGCGAUUACUAAGUACGGCAUGCACGUUAUCAUUGAUGUCCAUUCCCUUCCUGGUGGCGUGAACGGGAUGCCCUUCGGCGAGGCAGAGGGUCAUUAUGAUUGGUUUCAUAACGAGACGGCACUGAAGUACUCACUGGAAGUCAUCAACGAGGUGAUCAAGUUCGUGCAAACAUCUGAACAUCCAGAUGGAUACUCAAUCGCGCCGAUCAACGAGCCGGUCGAUAAUCCCGAUAUGUCCGCGUUUGGCACGCCGGCGGCAUUAUCAGACGAGGGAGCGACUUGGACAUUGCAGUAUAUCCAGUCCGUGAUCUCCAAGGUUGAGAAAGUCAACGCAAAGAUUCCUAUCGUCUUCCAAGGCAGCUUCCGUCCCGAGAGCUUCUGGUCUCCGAGUUUCAAAAACACCACGAACCUCGUCUUCGACGUCCACAACUACUACUUCGCCGGACGAGGAGCCACAGGAGCAAACAUCACCGAAUAUAUCUGCCAAGAUGCGAUCGCCUCAGCAGGAGACGGCAAGUUCCCGACGUUUGUAGGCGAGUGGUCGAUUGAGGCUGAGAAGGCAAAUACGUUGGCCGGACGUCAGAGGGCGCUGAAUACAGGGCUUUAUGCGUUCCAGGAACAGACGAGGGGGAGUGCGUUUUGGACAGCCAAGUUCUCGGGUAAUGCAACUGUUGAUGGGGAAGGGAGACAGGGUGAUUAUUGGAAUUAUAUGGCGUGGAUUGAGGGGGAUAUGAUUGAUCCGGAGGAGGGGAAGAAUGUUUGUUGA